GCCGAGAUCUGAGGUUUGCCAAACCCUUUGGCCGCGACAAUGCAGUCCCUCGACUCUCUCUAGAGCAAUUGCCGAAACCCCAGAACGGCAGCCAAAGUCACGAGGCCCCAGGGGAAAUGUCCCUCUUCAAAGUCAAAAUGGUCCCUCUUUGGCCUUAAGCUGAUGACCUGCAUCAAGAUUGGUCAGACUUAUCCGUUGCCCUUGCUAUUCUCUGGGCAGACUUCGCUUGUCUUGGAGGCACAGCCGGACUUGCGGUCGUGGCGAGGCUUCCAAGACAACUGCCGGGACGGGCCCGUGCCAGCCUCUCGAGCUACCAGCAUGAUUGGCAUAAACCCCGGUCCGGGGUUCGUCUGGUAUAUCUGAUGGCGCAACAGAUCCUAUACUGGAAAUCCCUCGAAGUGCUCAAACUGCAGGAAUAAGUAUCUCUAUCUGCAGUACACCUCCUGCAACGACCGCAACACUGCGUCCCUCUGCUGCGUGGAGUCAUAACGGCGAAGAUGAGCAGCGAAAAGGAUCCCGUUCAAACAGAGACAAUUGAAAAUGCCCGCGCGGAAGAGCGUCUGCAUGCGGUCGAGUUUGAGCCUCCUAUGCAACACAUUCAAGAGCUCAAAGAGGCCGAGCACAUCAAUCUGAGCUGGCGGUCAUGGCUGGUUGUCUUCGUGACAUGUUUUGCCAUUAUGGCACAGGUUUUCGUAGUGGUGGCAGCAGGAUCAGUCAUCGCAUUCAUCAUUCGAGACCUGGGUGACGCCUCGAUUGCUGGCUGGAUCAUUCAGGGGCCACUACUCAUGCAAAGUGUACUUUCGCCGAUUGUGGGCCGACUGAGCGACGUCCUUGACCGCAAAUAUUUGGCUUCUGUGCCAGCCUUGAUCGCUUUUGCCGGAGCAGUCGUAUCAGCCAAAGCCACUUCGAUGUCGAUGCUUAUAGGAGGCGGUAUUCUCAUUGGCGUGACACUCAGUACCAUCUCUAUCGUUCAAGCCAUUCCGAGCGAGGUGCUGCCCUUGAAAUACAGGGCAUUGGCCAAUGGAUUCGCCUUCCUGGGAGGAGCAGUAGGCGGACUAGUCGGUGUCCUAGGCUCUGGCGGUGUGACCAAUGCCAGUCCAUCCGGCUGGCGCGAUAUAUUCUGGAUGCAAGCAGCGUUCCAUCUGGCAACGUUCCUUGGCCUCAUGCUGUUCUACCACCCGACGCGCCAUUCUGACUUUCCAAAAAUGUCUUUCAAGGGAUAUCUCUGGGCUAUAGAUCCCAUUGGAUCUUUCCUUUUCAUCGUCGCCUGCACCCUCCUGCUGCUUGCCCUGGAUUGGGCUGGCGGGGCAUAUGAAUGGUCUGAUGCUCAUGUUGCGGCCCCUCUCGGUAUCGGGUUUGGAUUCCUUGCACUCUUCUGCAUAUAUGAAUGGAAGGGUCGAUCUGACGGUCUCGUCGCCCAUGUCUUCUUCAAGGGCAACAACAACUUUGCCCUCUCGGUUUUCGCUUUUGCAGUCGAGGGCUGGCUGUUCUACAGCGCGGUCAACAGCGUCACACCCCAAAUUGUGCUCAAUCUCGGCUUCGAAACAAACGCUUGGGACAUCUCCAUCAGACAAUUGUCGUACAAUCUUGUAACACUGUUUGCUUCCAUUCCACUGACUCUGUACGCCACCAAAUACAAGGAUCUAAAGUCCCCACUGAUAGUGACCUUCAUCAUAUUCCUGGCUGUCUGCAUUUGUUAUGCAGUCAUCACACCAAACAUGAACAAAGCACAAAUUGGCUUCAACGUGCUCUCUGGCCUUGGUCAGUCGGGACCACUCACACUGAUUGUGGCGUUGGUACAAUUCACUGCACCUCAUGCGUUCCUCUCGACGGCCACGGGACUUGGUUUCUCUGCUCGAGCGAUAGGAGGCGCGUUUGGUUCUGCUGUCCUAGAUGCUAUCAUCAAUGGCAAACUGAAGUCAUAUCCAACCAAGGUGGGAAAUGCAGCAGUGGAGGCAGGUCUACCAAAGUCUUCGGUAUCUGCCUUGCUGGAGGCCCUGUCAACAGGCACAGGGUUCACCAAUGUUCCAGGCAUCAACCCUGCCAUCCUCGAAAAGGCUCUUGACGCAAGCCACUGGGCUUAUGCUCGUGCUUACCGCGUUGCAUGGGCAAGCAUUAUCCCAUUCGUAGUUCUUGCACUGGUCGCCAUUUUCUUCCUCGAAGGCGUCAAAGAGUUGAUGACAGAGAAAGUCGAGGCAACGGUGGAGCAUGUUAAGAAGGAGGAACAUGCCAACAAGGUCUAAUUUCAACAGCCUCGGGAUCUUUUUGAUAUGCUAGGCGCCGAGAGAGGAGACAUGAUGGCAUAAACAGGACAGAUGCGUUUUUGGCGUCGCAGAGAUGCCGCCUCAAUACCUAGGUAUCGAACAAAAAUUUGUCUUCAACUCGCGCCACC